CAUGCACUGCAUCAGUGGCCUUAUUGAUCCUUUAGUCUCUCAAUUGAUUUCUUGUUUGAUGAGCUCUCUGAACAUUCAAUUAAUGGUCUGCACCACCAAAAGCACAGGCGCAACAGUCCACUGAACUAUUGCUUGGUCCCACAUAUAUAUAGUAUAGUCUAAUUGCACUUUCUUUGGACAAGCAGACAAGAUACUCUUUCAUGAACUUAAUCUUGGAAGUUGGAUAUCUGCAGAAAAAGGAUUAUAAAUACAGACCUGGGACUGGCUUUUCUUCGGACAGGAACCAGGAUGACUUCUUUUUUUCGAAGCGAGGAGAUGUGCCUGGCGCAACUGUUCUUCCAAACCGAGUCGGCCCACUACUGCAUCAACGAGCUUGGCCACCUAGGGCUUGUACAAUUCAAAGAUUUAAACCCUGGUACUGUGGCCUUUCAGAAGAGGUUUGUGAAUGAGGUGAAGAAAUGUGAAGAGAUGGAGAGAAUUGUUUGUUUCCUGGAGAAGGAGAUAGCGAUGACCAGCAUAGCUAUCCCCGCAAGCCGUGAGAUCGAGACGGUGCCUUGCCCCAGGGAUGUGUUGGAGCUGGAGUCGACCUUUGAGAAGCUGGAGCAAGAGCUGAAGGAGAUCAACUCGAACUGCGAGGCCCUCAAACAGAACUUCACGGAGCUGAUGGAAAUGAACUACCUGCUACACAUGACCGAAGACUUCUUUGAAGAGGCUGAGUCGCAACUGUCCUUCUCCGAGCUCGUCUCCGAGGACUCCGUGUCCGUGGUUACCUCGUCUCGCGUGACCAGUCGGCGGACGAGCACCGUCAGCGCCUGCGUCGGCGGGCCCUUAAAACUGGGGUUUGUGGCAGGGGUCAUCAAGCAGGAGCGUUUCCCUGCUUUUGAGAAGGUCCUGUGGCGCCUGUUUCACGGGAAUUUUGUCCUUCGACGCGCUGAAAUCCAGUUCCCAGAGGAUGAGCACGUGGCAGGGGAUGCCAUCAAGAAGGAUAUCUUCGUUGUGUUCAUGCAGGGAGACCAGUUCAAAGGGAAGAUAAAAAAGAUUUGUGAAGGGUUUCAUGCCAGUUUGUACCCAUGCCCGAACACUGUGAAUGCACGAAAGGAGAUGAGAAUCAAUGUUAACACGCGAAUUGACGAUCUUCGAAUGGUCUUGAAGAGGACAGAGGAAUACCGGGAGACCCUCCUGACUGCCGCAGCGGCUAAUCUCCACCGGUGGAGCAACACCGUGAAGAAAAUGAAGGCCAUUUAUUACACUCUCAAUCUCUGCAACAUAGACAUAACCCAGAAGCUUAUUGUCGCCGAGAUCUGGUGCCCAGUGUCUGACCUCAGCGUUGUUCACGGAGCGUUAAUUAAGGGAUCGGAGCAGAGUGGGUCCAGUCUGUGUCCAGUCCUGAACAGAAUACACACCCAACAAACUCCCCCGACGUUCAAUCGGAUUAACACCUUCACCUCUGGAUUUCAAGGCCUCAUCGACGCUUAUGGCGUGGGCAACUAUCAGGAGAUCAACCCAGCCCCUUACACCCUGGUGACGUUCCCUUUCCUGUUUGCUGUCAUGUUUGGGGACUGUGGCCACGGACUGGUCAUGAUGCUCCUUGCUCUCUGGAUCCUCGUGCAAGAGGAGAAGUUCCGAAAUCUGAAAAAUGAGCUCGCCGAUGUCCUGGUCAACGGGAGAUACAUUGUUCUGCUCAUGGGUGCCUUCUCUGUCUACACCGGCCUCAUCUACAACGACUGCUUCUCCAAGUCCUUCAACCUUUUUGGCUCAGCCUGGAGCGUCAGCGCCAUGUUUGGCCCCAGUGGACCGUGGACCAAUGAGACGCUACAUGGUUCUGGACAUCUUCAGCUGGACCCAGAGGUUCCCGGAGUCUACUCAGGCUGUCCCUUUCCAUUCGGCAUUGAUCCGAUUUGGAAUAUUGCAACAAAUAAGCUGACAUUCUUGAACUCUUACAAGAUGAAGAUGUCAGUCAUACUGGGAGUGGUCCACAUGAUUUUUGGGGUUACCCUGAGCCUGAUGAAUUACAUACAUUUUAGGACCAUCAGGAAUGUUCUGCUCCAGUUCAUUCCAGAGAUGGUCUUCAUGCUGGCCCUUUUCGGCUACCUGGUGUUUCUUAUCCUUUUCAAGUGGUGCGUGGUGAUGAAGUCAGACACAGCUCCUAGUAUCCUGCUCCUUUUCAUCAAUAUGAUGCUUUUUGCAUACGACACGCCUGAUGAUGCCUUGCUCUACAGUGGACAGAAGGAGGUACAGAUCUUUCUGGUCAUCACUGCCUUCCUCAUGGUACCCUGGCUGCUGCUGGUCAAGCCCCUACUUCUGUACAGAGACCACAAGGUUGGCAAACAGCAGCAGAAAGUCUCGGCCAACAAUGUUCCCAUGCAGGCAUGCAGUAAUUCUGGAUAUUCAAACUUCCAGAAUGACCACGGAGUUUCAGAAGCCAAUGCUAUUCACACAACUAAUAGCAACAACACAGAGACAGUUAGCAUGGGAGACAUAUUUGUGUACCAGGCCAUACACACCAUAGAGUACUGCCUGGGUUGUGUCUCCAACACCGCCUCCUACCUGCGCCUAUGGGCCCUCAGCCUGGCUCAUGCUGAGCUGUCGGAAGUGCUGUGGAAGAUGGUCCUCCAUGUUGCUCUGACAGUUACUUCAGGUCUGGGCUCUCUCCUGGUGGCGGCCAUAUUUGCUGCGUUUGCCAUCCUCACUGUCACUAUCCUCCUUGUCAUGGAAGGCCUGUCAGCCUUCCUCCAUGCCUUACGGCUGCACUGGGUGGAGUUCCAGAACAAGUUCUACAAAGGCUCGGGAUACAAGUUCACACCCCUGUCCUUUAGCAGUCUUGGGAACAAGUAAUGUUAAAACAUGAGAAAUAUGCAUUUGUUGUAGAAUUAUUUAGAAAGGAUCCUUUGUUAGUUAUUUAAUUUCCUGCUAUCUGCUAGCAGUGGUGCAAUGGCAUAUGGGGCUCUCUAAUGUCAAGCCAAUAAACUGCAGCUGUAAUUUUGCUUGGUGUAACUCGGUGUAGCUGAAUUUGGUAGUUGACUGGUCAUGUGAAAUAUAUAAGGGGAAACUUAUUAAUAUUUAAUUAGUAUAUUCUGAAGUUUUAAUUUGAUUAUUCAGUGAAACAGUUAGUUGCAUUUUCAUUCAAAUUCCUAUGGCAUCAUCAUGUAGGCAUUGGAAUGCGGCAGUCAUCUGACAGAUAAUACAAUUGGGGAUCAAUUGUGACCCUUAUAAAAGCAAUUAAUUGAAGAAAUAGGCUGCCCCAGAUGAGAGGAAGAUAGAGGAGGGAUCAUGCUUGACAGUAAACUACACAACAGUGCAGCUGGAUUCCAGGAUUUGUUUGGAGUACGAGACUUAGGAACUAGUUGAUUACAAAUUAUUAUUAUUAUUAUUAUUAUUAUUAUUAUUAUAUUACAAAGGUUAUACUGGUCACAUAAAUGUUUCAAUCAACUCAGUUGAUGCAGAAAGAUACACCUUUAUCUAUGGACAAGUUUACACUAAGCACUGACAAAAAAUAACAGAGAAGAUGCUAUACCUGGACUAACUAUCACCAAUCUGCAGGGUACUCCCAAUCUAGGAUCACUCUAAUCACUCAUAUCCUUUUACUUAGUUCCUACAGCACUUUCAUGUUACACAUGUACCUCCUGUGCCACUUUCAUGUUACAUGUACCUCCGUCCAGCACUUAUAUUGCACUUGUAUCAUUAUCUUGAUGUUGUAGCUUGUUGUCAUGCCUCCUAAUUUGACUUAACCUUACUCUCUGACCUAGCCUAUGCUUACUGUGUGAACUGGACUUCAUGUCUACAUGGCUAUGAACAACUGUUACAUAAUGAGUACUGUACCUUAUCGGACCUGUGUUUUGUAGUUGUUCCAAUGACCUUCAGUAUGCACUUAUUGUACGUUGCUUUGGAUAAAAGCGUCUGCCAAAUAAACGUAAUGUAAUGUAAAACAACCGUGAAACAACUUACCAUGAUCAAAUUUUUUCUUAAACUCUGCAUUAUUUGUUAUUUGGGUUCAUCAAUGUAAACUGCUGCAAAUUUCAUUGUAAGUAUUAUUUAACUCUUAUUGUGAAGGUAAUGUAAUUGUAUUUUCAAUUUCAACUUCCCAUUACUUUA